CUUAGCAAAAUUGAUGGAAUUACGGAGUUGGAAGAGGAAAAGUAAACUUUGACGCUGGAUAAACUCUUGGAAUAUCACUUCUAAUAUAUCAGAGUUAAGUCUGUUAUUUCACAGUUGGGUUUGCUUUUCUCAGCUUUAUCCUCUUUUCUAACGGUUUCUGAACUCGGGAGUUAAAGCGAUCUUUUACGCACAGUUUGCGUCAUGGUGAACUCGUGUCUCCAACUGAGCGGCUUCCUCACCAGCUGCCUCGGCUGGCUGGGCAUCAUCAUCGCCACGGCCACCAACGACUGGGUGAACAUGUGUAAAUACGGGUUGAACACCUGCAAGAAGAUGGACGAGCUGGGAGCCAAGGGACCCUGGGCGGAGUGCGUCAUCUCCACCGGACUCUACCACUGCGUGUCCCUGACGCAGAUCCUGGAACUGCCAGCCUACAUCCAGACCACUCGGGCCCUGAUGAUCACAGGUUCGAUCCUGGGUCUCCCGGCUGUGGGGAUGCUCCUCAUGUCCAUGCCUUGCAUCAACCUUGGCAACGAGCCGCAGAGCUCCAAGAACAGACGCACCAUCCUGGGAGGGGUCCUCAUCUUCAUAGUCGCGUUGUGCGGGAUGGUUUCCACGGUCUGGUUUCCCAUCGGCGCUCACCAGGAGCACGGCCUCAUGUCCUUCGGCUUCUCCCUCUACACCGGCUGGGUGGGCACUAUUCUCUCCCUGCUGGGCGGCUGCAUCCUCACCUGCUGCACGUCGGAUUCCUCCUCCUCCUCCUCCUCCUCCUCCUACCAGGAGAACAACCGCUUCUACUAUUCCAAACAGGGGGGCGGCAACCAGCCACCCGCCCCCUCCACCAAUCACGCCAAGAGCGCCCACGUCUGAGCCGGGGGGAGAUUGUGGAUCCCUCGUGGAAGUGUAGGGGGACUGUAACUAUAGUCUGUAUAUAGAGACCGAUACACAA